UACGUGACUCUCAUAGUAGAAUCGUAUUUAAUCUUUCAACAGAUACAGAAAUUAUAUAACCGUUCGCACAGUACGUCGUACGAUCGUUUCAUGAAAAAUAUCGAUCUCGAAUACGGUGUUUUCCCCUGCAAUUGUUUUCAGAAAGUGCAAAGACAUCAUCCAAUAGGAGUCGAGUGGGUAGCUGACAAGUUGCGUCGGGGUGGAAAUGGGCAGGGAACAGGAGCUUGUACGCACUCGAGCCGUGAGGUAUUGGUUUCGCGAACGGGGCCAGAUUCUCUCGGUCAAGUGGAUUUUUCAUGUGUUAUUACUUCCAACGGUAUAAUGUAAACUGUCGAUUUUGAUGUCACUCACGUGCCACUGUCUUAAGAUUAUUUAUAUGGAGAUCGUGGAGCGCUAGAAGAUGCUGGGAGACGAUCCACCGUAUCUAUCUGUGGGUACGGAGGUUAGCGCUAAAUAUAAGGGUGCCUUCUGUGAAGCAAAGAUUCGGAAAGUAGUAAGAUCGGUGAAAUGCAGAGUAACGUAUAAACAAGGUUUGGGUACAGCAACGGUAGCUGAUGAUCAAAUAAAAGGGACUUUAAGAGUAGGAGCAUCCGUUGAAGCUAAACACGGAGAUAGAAAAGAAUUUGUGGAAGCUACUAUCACUAAAAUUCAAGACUGCAGUCAAUAUACAGUAGUUUUUGAUGAUGGAGAUAUUACAACAUUAAGGAGAACUGCGCUUUGUUUAAAGAGUGGAAGACAUUUCGCAGAGAGUGAAACUUUGGACCAACUUCCUUUAACACAUCCGGAACAUUUUGGAAAUCCAGUAAUUGGAGGAAGAAGAGGACGGCGGUCUAGACAAGCACAAGAUGAAAGUAGUGAUGAUGAAGAUAGUCCUCCACGAGGAACUCGUGAUUCAGGUUCUAGUGGAACAGGCAAAGAAGGAAUGGAGACAGAACCUGAAAUUGGACGAGUUGUAUGUGUGGAGCUUGGAGAUAAAAAGAAGAAAGAUAAUUGGUUCCCUGGAUUAGUAGUCGCUCCAACUGCUCAAGAUACAGUGAGAAUUCGAGUGAGAGAUGACUAUCUUGUGCGCUCGUUUAAGGACGCACGUUAUUAUACAGUUCCAAAAAAAGAGGCCACCGAAUUUACAAAAGAACUUGUCAACAAAGUUGAGAAUAGCACAUUGAAGGUUGCAGUAGAAAAGGCAUUGCUAUUUUUAGAAAAGAAUGAAUUACCUCCCCAUUGGGAUAGAGAUUCUCUUUUUGGACAUUCUGUAUCAAGUGGAAACAGUGAUUCUGAUGGAGAACUUGAUUCUGAUAGUUCUGAUGAUGAACCGCGUGAGGAAAAAGAUCAUUUCGUAGCACAAUUAUACAAGUUUAUGGAUGAUCGUGGUACACCUAUUAACAAUUGUCCAAUGAUUGGAUCUGAAGAUAUAGAUUUAUAUAGGUUAUUUCGAGCUGUUUAUAAGUUGGGUGGCUAUAAUCGUGUAACAAAUCAAAAUCAAUGGAAAUUAAUAACGCGUCGCCUGAGCUUUACGAUGCAAAAUUCACCAUCUACGCACAAUUUGGUUAAACAGGCCUAUAAGAAAUUCUUACACUCCUUUGAGGACUUCUAUAGAAAAUUAGGUUGUACCAUGGUAAAUCAUCCAAGGGGUACUAUACGCAAACAACGUCCUGGAAGAAGUCUAAUCAGAGAUAAAGAUAGAAAUACUCCUGUACCACCUCAAAUAUCUGUCACUAAAACUGAAAAGGAAGAAGAAGAUAAAAAAAUCAUUGAAGAAGAAAAGAAAGAGAAAAAAGAAAUCAAAAAAGAACAACCAGUAAAAGAAGAAGAAAUUGUAAAGAUAAAAAAGAAAGAUGAAUUUGAAGAAAGCGGUAGCGGACAAGACAGUGACGUGAAUGUUGAGGCUGAAGCUGAAUCUUCAUCCAGUAGUGAAAAAUCUCAAAAAAUUUCGACGUCCUUAUCAUUACCAAAUAGAAGCAAAUCUAAAAAUAAAGAAGAUUCAAAGAAAAAAGUAAUAGAAAAAAAGAAAGCUGAACCUAAAAGACAAGAGAAGAAAGAUGAUAAAAUAAAAGAAGAGGAUGCUGCUAAAACGAGAUCUAAAUCUAAAGAUGAUAAUGUAAAAAGUAAAAUAUCUUCUGAAAAUAGGGAAACACGAACUCCAUCGAGAGAAUCGGAAAGAAAGACUUUAUCCAAACAAAGACGAUUGAUAGAUGAGGAUCUGAAGAAACGAGGGAGGAAACGAAAAGAGUUUGAAGCAGAGAAAUCACGUACGGAUGAACAGUCAGCAGAUUCAGCUCCGUGUUACAAAGGUCCUGUGGAAUUAGGAGAUAGACUGAAAGUAUAUUAUGGACCUACUCAUGAAUCUAAGGUUACUUAUGAAGCAAAAGUUAUUGAUAUGGAAAAAGAUGGUACAGAACCAAUGUAUUUAGUACAUUAUACUGGAUGGAAUACGAGAUACGAUGAAUGGAUUAAAUCAUCAAGAAUAGCACAGAAUUUUACACAAGCUCAAGGUAGAAUGAAACGAAUUAAAGCUACUUCACGACCUCAAACUCCCAGUACGAAUUUAUCAAAUAAUAUAAAUAAGUCAUCAAAAAUUAUUUCUAACACUAGUUCGAAUACUUCGCAAAACCGACGUCGAGCACAAAGUGUUGCACCUACUACAUCAGUUGUUUCGUCUUCUUCAACAAAAGAAGCCAAGAAAGAAGAGAAAGAAAAAGAAAUAUCUCAACCAGUUAGAUCUACGACUCCAUUAUCUGUUAUAAGUUCUAGCUCUAGGACGAAAAGUCCAGCGACACCGGCAAAUAAUCGUCAAACACGAACAAGAAAUAAUGAUAUGUCGAGUAUAGAACACCGGAGGCGUACUAGAAGAACUUCUGGACACGCGGAUAUAGUUCCAUCAGAAACUGAAGAAAGUGAGACAUAUGAUUCAGAUACUACGGAAUCAGAACAAACACGAACGAAAUCUAAGACUGUAGAGGAAAGAAAACGUAAAGAAGCGAGAUAUAGAGUAGAAGAUAGAAUGAAACCCGACGAAACUAGCGAGGGUGAAGAAGAUAAAGAUAAUUUAGAAGAACCGCGUAGAGGUAGGAGAUUAAGAAGGACAAUCAGUAAAUCGCAAGGUAUAAAAUCUGAACCAGACAGCGAUGAAGAACAACCGAAAGGUCGAGAUUUCGACUUGAAUCAAAUACGAUCUGAAUUAAAAGGUUUUGAUAAAGCAGUAAAAUUGGAACUUGUUAGGGUUGAACCAGAUCCAGAAGACGAAAUAAAAAUAGAAGAGAAGGAAAAUGUUUCAGUUUCACCAAAAUUAGAGAAAAAUUUAGAAGCAUCGAAAUUAGAAACAAUGCCUGAAUCUAAAAUAAUAGAUAACACAGAAGAUAUAUAUGAAUUUAAAGAACCAGAACCAUUUGAAUUUGAAGUACGAAACAAACGGGAUACGAGCGGAGAAAAGGACAAAAUAAAGAAGAGAGUAUUUGAAGAAGAGCCAAAAAGUCCUAAGAAAAAGCAAAAAAUAGUUGUAUCACCAGUUAUUAAAGAAGUUAAAUCAGAAACAGAUAAUGAUUCACGAAAGAAAGUAAAGAAAUUAUUUAGCAAAAGAACUGACGACAUUACAGAUAAUUUACAUUCUCACAAAUCGUUACAAUCUACAUCAUUAACAACAUGCGAAGAAGCAUUUGAUAAGCUUUGUGAAUCGCCACCAUUCAAUCAAAUGAAAUCUAUACCUAUUAUUGAGGAGACAGGUAAAAUAAAUAAUGGCAUAGAUCUUUUAUUCAGUGAUUUACCUGGAGAUGAUGAUGCUACUCAUGAUGAUUCAGAAGAUCGUUUAAUAAUAUCAGAGGCAGAAGUUUCGGAAGCGGAACAAGAAAAUUUAUUUACAUAUCAACAAGAAAUGUUUCCUUCUAAUGACGGAAAUGAUUUAAUGGAAUCAAAUAAAGAAGAUAUAAGUUUACAAAUUGAAUCGGUAAGAGAAGAUAUAACGCUAACAGUCUCAAAUAAACCUGACAUAAUUGUUGAGCAAAAACAAAAUAUUAAAUCUCCAUUGCAUAGUCAAUCUCCAGAAUUAAAACCAUUGGAUUCAAAAUUGUUAGAUAUUACUCCUGUUCCAUCUCCAAUUGUAACAGUUCCAGCACCGAUUAGUGCGAGAUUACCAGCUACAUCUACAAUUGAAGAAAAACUUUCAGCUGCAAUGGCUUUUCGUAGUAAAACUAAAGAUGUUAAAAAAGAAGAUGAGACUCCCGAAGUUGUAUGGAAAACAUCAAAGGAAAUUUCUAAGAAAUUAGAUGCUACAGUUGUACAAAAAAGUAAAGAAGAUCAGCAUGGGCCUAAGAUUGAAAGUGAAAAUAAUAAACGAGAAGAGGAAGAUAUCGUAAUAAGUAAUGAAAACCAGUGUGAAGAAAUAAUGUGUGUAGUAAUUAAACAAAAAGAAGAAGAACUUCAACAAUUUAAACCAAAAAAAGAAGUAGAAAUUAAAAAAUUCGUUGAAACAAAAAUAGAACAUACAAAAAUACAAGAAAAAGAAGAAGAGGAAUGGAAACGUGUAGAAAAUGAAAAAUCAAAAAAGAUAGAGGACGAAUUUAAAGAACAUGAUUUCAAAGAAAAGGAAAAUCACAAGAAGAUAAUUAAUCAAGAUAUGGUAGAUUCUGCAGAUAGUAGUGAUUCUGAACAGAGACUAGUAAUUGAUAAUGAGGAGUCACAAGAUGUGAAGAGUUCAACAUCAAAUUUUGAUGUUAAAUUAAGAGCAGAGUUGGAUAGACUUCAGGACACGCAGGAAAGAUAUUCACAAACGCAGAAAUCUAUGCAGCCGCUAAAGCAUCAGCAGCAAGAAUGCGUUACUGAAUUUAAAACUGAGAUUAAAGAAAUUCCUGUUACGAAAACAGAUGAAGAGGGAGAAACAAUUAAUUCCUUGUUAUGUGAAGAAGAAAUACCUGGUUCACCAGCUCCUAUUACCGAAAGUAUAGAGCAAAUAAAUGCUGGUCCAUCCUGUUCACCUCCAAAAGUUGAAACUGCAGAAAGUAAUAUAGUAUUGAUGGAAAUGCCAUUUGCAAGUGCUCCUACAUCUGGUCAAAGUACAACCAGCAGUACUGUUGCUACUCUCAGCAUGGCACUGCCCAAAACUAUAGAAACAUCUGUACCAGUUUCUUUAUCUAUGCAACAAAAUCCAACUUUGAGCAUGAGACAACAGUCUCAUCAUCAACAUUUACCUGCGUUAAUGCCUGCACAGAGAAGAGAAAGCAAUGAAGCAGCACCUGUAAUGGAUAAUACCCCUCCGACUACACCUGAUUCAAGCAUUUCCAAUAUUUCUGGCUCUCCAAGAGAAGAAAGAACAGGAGGUUCAUCACCAACCUCAGAGGAUAACAUGAAACAUAAUCGUGAUAGUUCUGAAGCGGAUAAUGAUAGUGGUGGGAAAGGUCCAGGAUUCAGUGAAGAUGAUACAUUACCAAAUGUUGAAGGAAAUUCUACAGAUAGAAUAUUAAAACCACCAGCAAAACGAACUAUUGAAGAAACACAAUCUCCCAAAAAACGUAAAAGAAACAGAAAGCAUUCAGAGUGUGAUAAAAAUACUACUAAAAAGACAGGAAGACAUAGUAAUAGACAUGGUAGACAUGGUGGUGGAAGCGAUAGUGACGAUACGAGUGAAGGUUCUAAUUUAUGUGGAGUUAAUUCGACUUCAGCAAAUCACACAAAUAUUGCUAAUGUUCCCGAUCUUAGUAACUACUCAUCGAGAUCACCUCGGCCAACAAAAUAUAAUUUCUAUGUAGAAUUAGAUCCCGAAUUAGAUGGUAGUCAAAGGAUAGCUGUACUACAGCAAAAAUUAGCUGAAUUACGUAAAACAUAUAAUGCAGUGAAAGUUGAACUUGCCGCUAUUGAAAGACGUAGAAAAAAGUUAAGAAGAAGAGAACGGGAAGCCAUAAAGGCAGCUAAAGCAGAAAUGCAACAGGCUUGUUCGUGAUGAGCUGCCUUGAAACAUCCUAAUUGACUCAGUUUGCACUAAGAAACUUUUAUACAACACCCAGAGAUAAUAGUAUCAUUAUAUAGAUACCUUGCAAUUACAGCAGAUUUCAUGACAAUUUUUAUCUACCUAACAUCGUUUGGGUAACUUUCCCCCCAUUAAUAUAAAUUGUAGAUAUAGCUAUAAGAUUUAGUAUAAAAGAGAAACAUUUACCAGAAUGAAUAUAUAUAUUCAUAUAUGCUUUGUGUUGUACAUUAUUUUGACAAGAACGUAAUGUGACAGUUAAAAAUUUUUA